ACCCACCCAUAGCUUCCUCACCACAAAAUACAUUCCACCGUUGAUCACAGGCCUUAUUCGACCUCCAACAAUGGCUGCUUCUACAAUGGCUCUCUCCUCCCCAACUCUGGCCGGCCAAGCCGUGAAACUUUCCCCCAAUGCCCCUGAAAUUCAGGGCAAUGCAAAAUUCACCAUGAGGAAGACUGCCAGCAAGUCAGUUUCUUCCGGCAGCCCGUGGUAUGGUCCUGACCGUGUCAAGUACUUGGGCCCAUUCUCUGGUGAGCCACCAUCCUACCUUACCGGAGAGUUCCCUGGUGACUACGGUUGGGACACUGCUGGACUUUCAGCUGAUCCCGAGACCUUCGCCAAGAACCGUGAGUUGGAAGUGAUCCACUCCAGAUGGGCCAUGCUUGGAGCUUUGGGGUGUGUUUUCCCUGAGCUUUUGUCUCGUAAUGGUGUGAAGUUUGGUGAAGCUGUGUGGUUCAAGGCUGGUUCGCAGAUCUUCAGCGAGGGCGGGCUUGACUACUUGGGCAACCCCAGCUUGGUCCACGCUCAGAGCAUUUUGGCCAUCUGGGCUUGCCAAGUUGUGUUGAUGGGUGCCGUCGAGGGUUACCGUAUUGCUGGUGGCCCACUCGGAGAGGUGACUGACCCCAUCUACCCAGGUGGAAGCUUCGACCCAUUGGGUUUGGCUGAUGACCCAGAGGCAUUCGCUGAGUUGAAGGUUAAGGAGCUCAAGAAUGGAAGGUUAGCUAUGUUCUCCAUGUUUGGAUUCUUUGUUCAGGCUAUCGUUACCGGAAAGGGUCCAUUGGAGAAUUUGGCUGAUCACCUUGCUGACCCAGUCAACAACAAUGCUUGGGCCUAUGCUACAAACUUUGUUCCUGGAAAGUGAGAGAAAUAUGUAGAAAGAAAGAGAGAGAGAGAGAGACUAAAGAGAGUUUCUAUGCUGUUGAAUUAUUAUUUGUGGUGAACCGGUGGUAUUGUACAUUAGUUGAAAAUGAAUGAAGUGCUUUUGUGCUGCUAA